UCUUUAAAAAAGAGAGAUUCUGGAGCAGUGUGACUUACAAAAUAUAGUCGGCUCCAAGCCUAGACCACAUCUGACUUUGAAAAUCAGAUAGGUGCUUAGUUCACAGCAGAGAUUACCUGAAUUUUGGCAUUUUUCCCCCAAGCUCAGAGCGUCUCCUCAGCAUGUCUUGUGGGGAAGGGAGGAGUCUCUCUGUUGCUUUUUAAUCCUCUUGACCCAGACACUCAAAUUAGGGGUACAGACUCCUCUCAGAGCUUUUAAACACUGCCUGUGUCUCUUGGGCCGUCGCCGCGGAGCAGUGCGUGUGCUCAGUGGGGCUGCCUGAUGAUGGCGAGGGCUCCUUUGUCCUCAUUGGGGAGCACGGGAGCGCCUUUCAGCUCCAGCUUGGAGGCAGCCCAGCACCCCCUGAUGUCUGUCUGCCUGCCUUUUGGGGUCAGCCUCCCCUGGAGUCCCGCUGCGGCUCCAUGCCUGUGUCUCUGAGGACUGCACGGCGGGUGAGUCCACCGGGGACUCUUGCUGGGCCUUAGGAGAGCAUCUGGGCCCCUGAGGCGGAAAGGGCAGGGUUGGUGGCGUCCGCUGCCCCUGUUCCCAGGGGUCUGACACCGGGGUGUGUGGAUGCUGACUGUCCGUACGUCUUACGUGCGCUACGGAGACUCCCGAGUUCACAGGGGCAUUCGAGGCCUCUCUUUCCAAACAAGGUUCUUUCUCCUUCCUUUUUCUCCUCUGCUCACUCAAGUUGGAAAGAGUCUUAGCAACCACUCACCCAGCCGUCCUCUCUCUGUGGGAGGAUAGCAGAACCCGUCCCCUGCCUCCCAACUGAUGGGGCUUGGCUGCGACUGCUCAGUGCACGGGCCCAGCCUCGUCUUCGCAGAUGUGCCUGGUCGAUGGUCCAGGCGUGUCUUGUCUCUCACUGUGACCUCUGUGGUCGAGGGCUGAGCAGGUGGGUGCAGAAGCGCCACCUUGGGGCUCAGUCAAGCUCAGGAGGGGUGCGGAGAAAGGCCCGCUGGCUCGGAAGCUCCUUCUCCUGCUCUCCCUCCCUCCCAGGUGAGCCUGUCUGCUGUGGCCCAGGGGGAGGGGGAGGGGAGGCUCCUCUGCUGACCCAGCCAAAGUGUGCCCGCGAAGGUUCACUGGAACAGCCGGAGGCUCAUUCCCUGCGGCCGGGAGCGUCAGCUGUGUCUGGAACUGGAAAGCAGCUUUUCAAAACGCCAACAAUUAAGAGAUGCUCUUAGAAACCAGACAUACUUUCACUGGUGCCACGAGUUUCCGAACUUGAAUUUUCUGCUGUUGACACAGUCGUCCACCCGUUUGUCGCCAUGUCUUUGUGGGAGACUCAGGGCCGUGGAGCCGUGUGACGCACCAGCCCCCCAUGGGCGCUCCCACUGGCGGCGCCCUGCGGUCCACCUGCUGUGGCACGGACUCUGGGCCGGGCCAGGAAAUGCACGCGUGGCUGCCAGAGCCUCCCAGUGGCUCUGCAGGUCCUGGCCACCUGGAGACAUGGGAGCUUACCAUUGGGUCAACCUAGAGGCCCUCUGGGCCCGGGACCCCGGUUGUCACUUAAGCGGCAUCUCAGGGUGUGCUCGGCUUCCGCCUAGAGGGGAUCUGAGUGUCGCUGGGGUGCGGGGCCGCGCUCCGCUGUGUGUGACCAGCAGGCAGCAUCGGGUAGGUGCGGUGCUGAGCGAGCCCCUCUCCCCUGGGGGGGGUUCAGUUUGCCCGUUUGUCCCACCAAGGCACAUGUGGCACUGUCUGGAGGCAGUUUUGGUUGUCGCAGAUGGAGUGGGGCUGCUAAUGGCAUUUGGCGGGCAGAGGCCAGGGCAGCCCACGAUAGAGAAGGGCUCUGUGCAAAUGCCCGGGGGCGCAGGUAGGGAGACGCCCCGCGCACAGCUUGUCACAAGGUGAUCCUAAUUCACUGAGGCCCUUGCCCGAGAAUCCGAGCCGUGUGUCUUGUGGCCGUCCCACGUUUUGACGACCGUCAUUGCCGCCUGGACACGGGUGCCGAGAGGACGGGAUCACAGGAGGGCGCGGUGGCCGUCGCCCCGGGGGUCUGAGCCAGAGAGGCCGAUGGCACACCCAGACCCACAGGGCAGGGCUGAGAGAGGUGCUGAGGGGCCCUGCGCCUGUGGGGGGGGGGGUCCAGUGUCCGGCCCGCAGCCGCCUUAGCGGGCUUUCUGGGGCCCACAGUUCCUCCGGGUCACGAAGCAGUACCUGCCGCACGUGGCGCGUCUCUGCCUGAUCAGCACGUUCCUGGAGGACGGCGUCCGCAUGUGGUUCCAGUGGGGGGAGCAGCGUGACUAUAUCGACACCACGUGGGGCUGUGGCUACGCGCUGGCCUCCGCCUUUGUGCUCCUCAACCUGCUGGGACAGCUGACCGGCUGCGUCCUGGUGCUGAGCAGAAACUUCGUGCAGUACGCCUGCUUCGGGCUCUUUGGAAUCAUAGCGCUGCAGACGAUUGCUUACAGCAUCCUGUGGGACUUGAAGUUUCUGAUGAGGAAUCUGGCCCUGGGAGGAGGCCUGCUGCUGCUGCUGGCGGAGUCGCGCUCCGAGGGGAAGAGCAUGUUCGCGGGCGUCCCCACCAUGCGCGAGAGCUCGCCCAAGCAGUACAUGCAGCUCGGGGGCAGGGUCCUGCUGGUGCUCAUGUUCAUGACCCUGCUGCACUUCGACACCGGCUUCUUCUCCAUUCUCCAGAACAUCGUGGGCACAGCUCUGAUGAUUUUAGUGGCCAUCGGUUUUAAAACCAAGCUGGCUGCUUUGACUCUUGUCGUCUGGCUGUUUGCCAUCAACGUGUACUUCAACGCCUUCUGGACCAUUCCUGUCUAUAAGCCCAUGCACGACUUCCUGAAGUACGACUUCUUCCAGACCAUGUCGGUGAUCGGAGGCCUGCUCCUGGUGGUGGCCCUGGGCCCUGGGGGCGUCUCCAUGGACGAGAAGAAGAAAGAGUGGUAACAGACCCCUCCCCUCCCUGGCUGAGACCCGCGGCCACCAAGGACUGGCUCGGGGUGGACUGACAAAGCUGCCGGCGCUCACGUGUCCUCUCCCUCCCUCCCUUGGCAAAGGCACAGAUGUUUUGAGAGUUUCUUUGCAGACACCUGAAAAUUGAUGGCUGAAUGUGCUCUGGACCCCUAACCUAGUAGCCGACCAUCGGAGCCGGCCGGCUGGCAGGCAGUAUCCCCCUCCCCCACUCCCAAGGCAAGGCCUCAGCUUCUCGGAGUGAGUGCGGGCUCGGCCGCGGCCUCCUGUCCUCGUCCCUCGGGUCUGCGGGUGGGGGUGUCAGGCUGUCCUGUGAGCAGAUCCGUCUGUGUAUCAUUCAGAGUGGUCUCCCUCUUACUAUGCUUUCAGUUUACGUUUUUAACUAAAACGAAAGGAUUCCGGAUGGCCCAGCCCAACAUCAGACACACUAAGUCCCAGUUUUAAACCGCUCCCAUGGCUCCGAGGGGUCCCCGCCCCACACUGUAACACUCGCGGGGCCGGUGAUGGCCUAGAGACCCAGACCCAAAGAAUGAUGCUGCCCGGGCAGGGCGGCCGUGGCCACUGUUCAUGGUGGAGGUCACUGGUCAGAAAACCGCCUCAGAUUGGGGCUGAUGUUUGAAAGGGCAACCUGCCCGCCCCCACCCCAGGAGCUUUAGUGGCUCGAGGUGGGGACAGAGGCGCUCCAAGUCCUCGGAUGCCCCUGGAGCCUGCAGGGACCCCUGCUCUGACCCUGGCCUGGCCACACACCUGCAGGUUGGCUCCCGUGUGGGGGGUGGGCCCGGUGGCAGCCGUGGGGGCCGGGCGGCAACACAGCGGGCUCUCAGACCAGUUACCUCACCCCGACCUCUGCACAGAGCCUCCGCUGAAGCCGUGGGCCCAGCUCCAAUGUGGCUGGGCGCCUGCGCGGUUCUCCCCUGGCUAGAGGGGGUCUUCCCAGGCUGUGCAGCCGCGGCCUACCACCCUCCCUAGGCUGUCGCUUACUCAGAUCGUCUAUCUGCUAUGCUGAAUGCAGCCCAAAUUACUUUUUAAGAUUUGUGAUGCCUUACUGAUUGGAUCUCAAUCCUGUAUUUAAAGUUUUCUAACAUUGCCUUAUACUGCGUUUCUCUUCUUGGGGGGUACGAGCGCCUGUGGCUCUUCUCCACUCGCUGGGCUGGAGCAACACCGCAGGGGGCGAGUGGGACACCUCGGUGCCUCCCCCGACUCUCCUGGGGGCCGGCUGACCAAACUCGCCCGAGGACCGCCUGGAGCUUGUCUUCUCUCCUGGCUCAGCCAUUACAUGUACAGGCCUGAGGGUCACCCCUGGGGAUGCUGGGGGCCGGUCCUGAGCCGGGAGCCCCAUCUACCAGUCACACCGGAGCCAGGGUGAGCCGGGGAACCUGCCCCCCUUUCAGCUCCCAGAGGCUCGCCGGGCUCUGCAGCCUGGACCUACCAGCCCCGGGGGCCAUGGUGGCACACGUCAGGGGCCCACCUGUGCCCGUGCCCCAGCCCCUGUGGAGGCCCAUCCCCACACGUUCCUAACCACAUCCCACCUGCACACCCCUCUGGCCUUUUGAAGAAGCAGCAAUGGCUUACGGACGGAGGGCUUUUCUACUUCCCAGCGCUCAGAUGCUCCCCACACGAAGGGGGGCUCUGACUCCAGGUCUCCACCUGGGCGGGGCCGUCCCUUGGUCCACCCCCUCCCCCGUCAGCACAGCACGAGAGUUCUCUCAAAUGACACUCAG